UUGCAUACGCCGUGCGUGCGCGGGGUGGGCGGGCGGCCGCGCCGGGGGUGGCGGAUCCAAGAUGGCGCCGUGCGGACGUGUCCGGAGCCGCUGGCCGGGCCCGGCGCUCCUCCUGCUGCUGGCGCUGGCGGCGCGGCCGGCGGCCGGCGGCCCCCAGCCCGUGGGGCCCGGCGGGGCGCUGGCCUUCGCCCCGCCGCAGGGGGCGGCGGCGGGCGGCGGCGGCGCGGCGGCGGGCGGGCGCGGGUCCCGCGGCGGCGGCGGCUCGGGCGGCGGGUGGAAGCUGUCGGAGGAGGCGGUGUGCCGCGAGGACGUGGUGCGGCUCUGCUCCAAGCACAGCUGGGCCAACAACCUGGCCGUGCUCGAGUGCCUGCAGGACGUGCGCGAGCCAGAUAAUGAAAUCUCUUCAGACUGCAAUCAUCUCUUAUGGAACUACAAGCUGAACCUGACUACAGAUCCAAAGUUCGAAUCCGUGGCCAGAGAAGUCUGCAAGUCCACUAUUGCUGAGAUCAAAGAGUGUGCAGAUGAACCAGUUGGCAAAGGUUUUUUGGUGUCUUGUUUGGUGGAUCACAGAGGAAACAUCACUGAAUACCAGUGCCAUCAGUACAUCACUAAAAUGACAGCCAUUAUCUUCAGCGAUUAUCGGUUGAUUUGUGGCUUCAUGGAUGACUGCAAGGCUGAUAUCAAUCUCCUGAAGUGUGGCAGCAUUCGACCUGGAGAAAAGGAUGCCCAUUCACAAGGAGAGGUGGUGGCAUGCCUGGAAAAAGGCCUAGUAAAAGAGGCAGAGGAGAAUGAUCCUAGAAUUCAGGUUUCUGAUCAGUGUAAGAAAGCAAUUCUUCGUGUAGCUGAACUCUCUUCGGAUGACUUCCACUUGGACCGGCAUCUCUACUUUGCGUGCCGAGAUGACAGAGAACGAUUUUGUGAAAAUACUCAGGCUGGGGAAGGCCGAGUUUACAAGUGCCUCUUUAAUCACAAGUUUGAAGAAUCAAUGAGUGAAAAGUGUCGUGAUGCGCUGACAACCCGCCAAAAGCUGAUUGCCCAAGACUACAAAGUCAGUUACUCACUGGCAAAGUCCUGUAAAAGCGAUCUGAAGAAGUAUCGCUGUAAUGUGGAGAAUCUUCCGCGGUCCCGGGAAGCCAGGCUUUCCUAUCUGUUGAUGUGUUUAGAGUCUGCUGUGCACAGAGGUCGACAAGUGAGCAGCGAGUGCCAGGGCGAAAUGUUGGAUUACCGCCGCAUGCUAAUGGAAGACUUCUCAUUGAGCCCAGAGAUCAUCCUGAGCUGCCGAGGGGAGAUCGAACACCACUGCUCGGGCCUGCAUCGGAAAGGUCGCACUCUGCACUGCCUGAUGAAAGUAGUACGAGGAGAAAAGGGAAACCUCGGGCCGAGUUGUCAGCAGGCACUUCAAACGCUGAUUCAAGAAACUGACCCCGGUGCAGAUUACCGCAUUGACCGAGCUUUGAACGAGGCUUGUGAAUCAGUUAUACAGACUGCCUGCAAGCACAUACGGUCUGGAGAUCCAAUGAUUCUGUCUUGCCUAAUGGAGCAUUUAUACACAGAAAAGAUGGUAGAGGAUUGUGAGCACAGGCUCCUGGAGCUCCAGUAUUUUAUAUCCCGUGAUUGGAAGCUGGAUACGGUCCUUUACCGUAAGUGUCAGGGAGAUGCCUCGCGACUCUGCCAUACCCAUGGCUGGAAUGAGACUAGUGAGCUGAUGCCUGCGGGGGCCGUUUUCUCCUGCUUGUACCGGCAUGCGUACCGCACAGAGGAGCAAGGAAGGAGGCUAUCACGAGAGUGCAGAGCAGAAGUCCAGAGAAUCCUCCACCAGCGAGCCAUGGAUGUGAAACUGGAUCCGGCCCUCCAGGACAAGUGUAUGGUUGACUUAGGAAAAUGGUGCAGUGAAAAAACGGAGACGGGACAGGAACUAGAAUGCCUUCAGGACCAUCUUGAUGACUUGGUGUCUGAUUGCAGAGACAUAGUGGGAAACCUUACUGAACUGGAGUCUGAGGACAUUCAAAUUGAAGCUUUGCUGAUGAGAGCAUGUGAGCCCAUCAUCCAGACAUUCUGUCAUGAGGUUGCAGAUAACCAGAUUGAUUCUGGGGACCUGAUGGAGUGUCUGAUACAGAACAAACACCAGAAGGAAAUGAAUGAGAAAUGUGCAAUUGGAGUUACACAUUUUCAGCUGGUACAAAUGAAAGAUUUUAGGUUCUCUUACAAGUUUAAAAUGGCUUGCAAGGAGGAUGUGCUGAAACUUUGCCCCAACAUCAAGAAAAAGGUGGAUGUAGUGAUCUGCCUGAGCACAACUGUGCGCAAUGAUACUUUGCAGGAUGCCAAGGAGCACAGGGUAUCUUUGAAGUGCCGCAAACAGCUGCGCGUUGAGGAGCUGGAGAUGACUGAGGAUAUCAGACUUGAACCAGAACUGUAUGAGGCUUGUAAAAGUGACAUCAAGAAUUACUGCCAAAACGUAGCCUAUGGCAAUGCUCAGAUUAUUGAAUGCUUGAAGGAAAUCAAGAAGCAGUUGAGUACCCGGUGCCACCAAAAGGUGUUUAAACUGCAGGAGACUGAGAUGAUGGAUCCAGAACUGGACUACACACUCAUGAGAGUCUGCAAGCAGAUGAUCAAGCGAUUUUGCCCAGAGGCAGACUCAAAAAACAUGUUGCAGUGUUUGAAACAGAAUAAGAACAGUGAAGUGAUGGAUCCUAAAUGCAAGCAAAUGAUUACCAAGCGCCAGAUUACACAGAACACAGAUUACCGCUUAAAUCCAGUGCUCCGGAAGGCCUGCAAAGCAGACAUACCCAAAUUUUGCCAAAAUAUCCUGAGUAGAGCCAAGGAUGAUACAGAGUUAGAGGGACAAGUCAUCUCAUGCCUGAAGUUGAAAUACGCAGACCAGCGUCUCUCUCCAGACUGUGAGGACCAAAUCCGAGUGAUAAUCCAGGAAUCGGCUCUUGACUAUCGGCUGGAUCCCCAGCUUCAGAUGCAUUGCUCUGAAGAGAUUUCCAACUUGUGUGCAGAAGAAGCAGCAGCUCAGGAGCAGACUGGGCAGGUGGAAGAAUGUCUGAAAGUGAAUCUGCUGAAAAUAAAAACAGAAAUGUGCAAGAAGGAAGUGCUCAACAUGCUGAAAGAAAGCAAAGCAGAUAUAUUUGUUGACCCAGUGCUUCACACAGCCUGUGCCCUAGACAUCAAACACCACUGCGCUGCCAUUCCACCAGGAAGAGGACGCCAAAUGUCAUGCUUAAUGGAAGCUCUGGAAGAUAAGCGUGUGAGGUUGCAGCCUGAAUGCAAGAAGCGCCUUAAUGAUCGUAUUGAAAUGUGGAGCUAUGCUGCAAAGGUUGCCCCAGCAGAAGGGUUUUCUGACCUUGCCAUGCAAGUUAUGACCUCUCCGUCCAAGAAUUAUAUAUUGUCUGUGAUCACGGUGGGCAUCUGUGUACUCUUCCUGAUCGGCCUGAUGUGUGGACGCAUCACCAAGCGGGUGACAAGAGAGCUCAAGGACAGGUAGAGCCUGGAUUGCCUGCUGAAGAGAUGCCUGCCCAGUGCCCAGUUUUGUACAGCCCUCCUCUGUAUAGUCUACCCACCCCCUCUUGUGAGAGGAGAAUAAAAAAAAAAAAAAAAUUAGAACAGCAGCAGGUGUUGGCUCAGUUUUCCCAUCCUGGAUCUCAUCCACGGCAUCUUCAUCCUAUGAAAGUUUGUGUGCAACAUUGGCAACCCAGCCAGCAGCUUUCGUUACCCCUUUGUUAGCAGACUCUCGUUUACCUGCCUGUAGACAAGUCUCUAUUGUACUGUUGGAACUGCCUUCACUCUCCAAAUCGGACUGACAUGACCUGCAGCUCAAGCAGUUUUUAAGUAAAUUUUUAAAGAAAGACAUAUAUCUGCAUACCAACUGUAUGAUUUAGGUAAUGGUUCAUACUGAAAUAUAGUUAUCCUCUGUGGCUGGGUGAAAUUGAGGCAGGAAAUUAAAGGGUAAAUUGCAUCUUACACCACAGUUGGCCUUGUUUUGGACAUCUUGCUCAUCUUAUGUAAAGCAUCUUCAGAGCAUAGUCUUGGACAACCUAAGGACACCAGUCACUGGUGUCAUCUUCUAGUGAAUAUCCUGCUUUUGUUACUGUGGAUUUUUUUGGCUGAAAAGAUGUCCUCCCUUUCUUCCUCUACCACUCGCAAGAUAGAAUAAAAUACUGACCAGGAUCAAAUACCAUGUGAGCUGUACAACUUGUAUUUCAGUAGAUUAAAGACGUGGUGUACACACAAGGCAUAUACAGCCUGUCAGUAGUGUACAGUGCUGCUGUCAGUGGGCAUUAAGUGCCAUGACCAGUUACGCAGUCAACUUUAUCAGUGAUGAGGCGGAAAAAUUUUAACACUCCGUUUAUUUUACUUUGCUGCUGCUGAGCUAUUACCCUUCUGAAUUAACUAUCUACAGAUGGUAUUGACAUACUGGCAAUAGUGUGCUUUGCCAGUGAUGUGGGAUGCGAUUGAACAGUCAACAUCUCUAACUGUAAAACAGUUGCUUGGGGUUAGUGCAGUGGUUUGUAACUGACCUGUCUGGGUCUUAAUUGCUUGAACUGAAGCACUGAAAAGUAUUUUUAGUUUCCACAAGUACAGUUGAUUAAGGAUAGAAACUGGCAUUUCCUGGGAUGUAGGACACAGGUGCUGGUCCAGGAUACCAAGCAGGAGAGGAGGAGGUGGGGGAUGAUAGUGUUGCACAAAGGGUGGAAGUGUCUGGAUCUUGGAGGGAAAUAGCUUUCAUGUUGUUACCACCAGUGUGCACGCUUAGGCUAUAUAUAGUUAUACUUCCAGAACCUGAUACUCAUACCUGAAAGCGCAAAGAAGGUGUCUUGAAAAAGCUACACCUUUAGUUGUGAAAGCUACUUACCACCAUCUUUGUUCCCCCAGUACAAGGAGUGGAGGUCAUAGGCCACAUGCUGUGGUUGAAACCUGAGGAGUUAGGUUGAGUGCGUUGCUGAAACCUAGAAGUGACUGCGUGAGAGUUGGCAUGUACAAUAGGAUGUAUUUUAUUAGCCUUUUAGAUGUGCUCACCUGUGUGUGCUGCAGUAAAAAUCAUGUGCCUAAAACUGUCCACCUUAGGCUGAGGCUUGAACCGUAACUUUCUUUCCCCACUUAGUGCACUGCUAGGUAAGAUCUGACAUUUCCAGCCCUCUGCACUGUUCUCUAGAGGAACAGUGGAGAUGAUCUGAGACACUUUGGAUGUGGACCAGCUGAUUCUAACGAUGCUGAGAGUACAGAAUGGUGUGUAUACAAAAUACUGUGAUGGCUUUUGCUGCCUUUACGAAGUGCUAGAGAGGUGUACACAGCUAAGUUGUUUGCAGACAUAUCUUUGUUGUCCCACUCUGAGGAUGGACAGCGAACAACUAGUGAUCUAGUUGUGUCUUAAACGGUAGUCUUUCAUGAGCUCUCCUGUUUUUAAGUGAAAGUAUUGUGAACGCAAGGCAAGCAAUAGAGAAAGUCUGAGCGAUGAAGAUUCAGCAGAGAACUGGUGUGUGUGAUAGGAUUCCAGUUAAGUGGUAAGUAGAACAGCAAUUAAGCCUCAGUUCCUUCUCUCAGGCCUGUUCCCUGGUGCUAAUGCAGGUUAACUGGCUCUCUGUAGGCAUGAACUGGUAGGGAAAAGGAAUGGUUGAUCACAUUUCUUGAGGUAGUACAGGUGUAUAACACACUCGGAUGUUAGUUUGGCAGUUAAAAAAUCUACAGUCAAAGUGCUGAAGUGAGUUACUACUGUAGAGAUGGGGGAGUGUGUUCACAGAGCUGCAGAGAAGGGAAAUGGAAUCUCUGCGCGCAGUCUUGCUUGCUUGGCCCAGGUCCUGCUUUUUCGAUGCCUAUCAGGCAUAAUUAGCUUGCUCUUCAGAGGGAGAGGGUUUUUCUGUUGUGACUUUUGAGGAGGCAUUUUGUAACCUGAUUAGCCUGAAAAGCCUAGUUACGUGGCGCAUUGUCUAGAAAUGGCAUUUUACCCAAAAUUCCAAAUGGCACUGCAGUGAAGCAUUGCAAGUUUGUAGCCGUAGUUCUGAAUGUAAUCCUGUUCAGGCUCUGAAAGUAACUGCUGUCUUUACUUUCCGAUAUAAGGCCUCUAGUUAUUUGCUUUUUAAUUUGGAGAAGGUUAAGAUACAGGAAGCAAAUUUCCUCUAUUUUUGUUGGUUUUGCAGACAGUGCACUGAUGUAUUUUGGCAUGACACAAAUGUUAGACAAGAGUAAGAGCAGUGCCCUAAAUGGUUUAGAGUGUAUGUUAUUCCCUGGAAUGUGUGGCUACGUCUAGUCCGCACAUGCAAACCCAUGCACUUGUGUUCUUCAAAGCAGUGUUCUCAGUCCUUAACUGCCUGCGGUCACAAUCCCUGCUGGGUGACUUACUGCUGAGACUUUCAUCUUAGCUGGGCAUCUGUACUGCUAAGGAGAUUGCUUAGCAGAGUUUCACACCAAUGGAAUAAGCACUAGACAGCACUGGUGCCUGGAGAGCUGCAUUAGGAGGCUCCAGUCUGCAGUAUUUCUUACUGCCAGUAGAUUCACCUGGGAAUUUGCUUUCACUGUGAGUGCUUGGUGAUAGCGUUAUGAGUAUGCAUCAGGAGGUCCACAAAGCAAAAGGUAGAAUACUAAAGUUUCUACAUGAUUCCUUCAAAUGCCUCUGUUUGCCACAGGGCAAACUUACCUUUAAAAGGUGGGUCUUUGGCAUGACCUUGGUCAAAGGACCCAGGCUGUUUUGUCAUUAAGCAUUACACUAUUCACAUUUUAAAAAAGGGCCUCCUGACAGUGCUAAUGACCAAGUAUGCUUUUUUUAGUGACUGGAAAUCUACCAAUCCCAGUCUUGAAAUGUUUUCCUACUUUUCACAUAUACCUAAAUAUCUGGAGGUCUCAAAAAGCACAAAAAACCCUCACACAAAUGCUCUUUCAAAAAUAACCUGUUUGUGCUGUUGCCAACACAACAUCUUGCCUACAGGCAACCACUUUCCAUUGCAGGGAAAGAAAUACAUGGUGGCGAGAAACAUUGCUGUUGCCUUUUAAUUUAAGGAAGCCUUUUAACUUUCAUGAUCUAAUUGAAAGUACUAGAAAUGCCUGUGUCAACCAAGAAAAGAGUUGGAGCAAAACUUCUGGUCCUCCUUCCUUUUUAUGACCCUCACCUCUUAGUGGAGAAGGCUGCGUUCCACCAUGUACUGCAUGAGUCUUUCUUCUUAUCAUAGCAACGCCUUCUGUUUGAGAGCUUAUUCUAGAUACGGUUAUGCUGAUGCUCCUGGGGAUAUAUGGAAAGGGUAGAUGACUGAUAACUAGCAUGGCAUGCAGCUCUCCUUUUCCCUCCUGCUGCAAGGGCUAACAAGUUAGCUUGCAUUUCCCAGUUGACAGCAUGUGUUUAGAUGACAUGGGUGAGGGGGACUGUGCAUCAUGUACACCUCAUUACUUUACUCUGGCUACCCCAUUAAUGUUCAUUCUUGUUGACUUUAAGGAAAAAAAACUUAUUUAUUGUUUAUCUAGUGGGUCAAAUCAAGUCCUUUGGCUUUGUUCUGACUUUGGAUUCCCCUUGCCUUGCUUUUGUCAUUCAGGCUGUUGUAACUGAUGUGGAUAGGAACAAUAUUUCUUACACUUCAUGUAACAUUCAGCUAGUCUGCGAGUUGAGUACCUGUGUGUCUGUGUCGCUGAAAAGGGUCUGAAAAGCCCUCUUGAAGUUCAUAUAAUUCUCUAACAAAAUCACUUAAGCAUUUCGCCCUGAAUCUGACCUUUGAAAAUCCAUGCAAAUACAACCAUCUUGCUCUGAAAGAAUCCACAGUAAGCAUAGUGUGCAAAUAGCAGAGGACUCUGACACAGCAGACUUCAAGUCUCAAUACAGAAACUUACUGUGUGUGGGUACAGUAGGGAAGAAAAUGUGAUAGACCAGAGAGAUCGCUUAAAUCUGAUGUGGUAGAAGUGUGUUCAAGGUGGAUGGUGACUUCUAUUAAAACACAACUUUAUUAUUUAGUUGAAAGAUUGUAGUGCUUUUUACUUCGCCAGCUUUGAUUUACAAGGGUAGUUCUGAGGUGUGUGCGAGUGCAUGAGUGUGGUACAAGAUCAGAGCAUUUCACCUAAUGCUUCUGUCCCCAUUAAAAUAGCUCUGUGGACUCCCAACUGCUUUAGUGUUGGUUUGUAUAAAAAUACAUUAUUGCAUAUGGUUUUAGCCUCUUAAGGGCAGCUCCCAGGUACUGAUCUUUGCACAGGCUUUCCAUGCUGAGGCCAGAACUGAAGGUAAUGAGCCACUGCGGCAGGGCACGUGCAGAUACCCGGGAGCCCACUCGCAGUGAGGGCUCGCCCCAGCGGGAGGGAGCACGGACUCACUUGGCACGGCUGUUCCCACCCGAUCCCGGUAGCGUUUUGCAUCACGUCGGCUGAACGUUACCUGUAGGGGCCGGGAAUAUCUCCCUGCUCUUGCUGGUGACAAGCAGCUGCCGCUGCCUCUUUGCAGAAACAUCCCAGUUGGUUUUUGCAAAAGAGCUGUUUCUGGGUGGGUGGUUGCGCCCAACUCCACUGCGUUGCCCCAGGGAAUUUACUGACUGAAAGCACAUGUGCAGCUGGUGGCCUGGAAAAUACAAAAACAGGGGAAAACAGAAAGGCGCGACUUUUGCCCGUAGAUUAUGCUUUGACACUUGUGCUGACUGGAUGUGAUCAGAAACUGUGACUAAUGUUUGUGUUGGACUGAAGAAAAAAAAAUACCAGAGAAACUAGAAAUGUUUGUUUGUAGGGGAGGGUAAGAGAGGGGGAUAAUACAGGUACACUUAGUGAUCUCUGACUAGUAUAUAGGGACGAUAUUGCGAGCCUCCCCAGAUAGUGUACAAAAGAGACCCAACAAAUUCAUAUUGUACAGCAAAAGCUGUUUUGAAUUUAGUCUUUUUUUUAAAAUGUGACAUUAACAAGACUUUUUUUGUAAAUUGUUUUCCUUUCUGUGUAUAAAAUCCUGGCCGUUUCUUGUUUUUACAUGUUCAUGCUGUGUAAUUUUGAGAUGUUACUGAGAUUCUGAACAUAAUGUGCAUUUUUUUCUGUACAGAUGAAAUGGGAGAAUUUAAUAAAAAGAGUCUGCAGGUUUUUA